AUGGAGGAGAGGCUUGGGGCCGCUCUCGCUCCCUGCGGCCUCGCCGUCGUAAAAAUGCCGGACAAAGGGCGUGGCCUUAUCACCCUCCGCGACUUCUCCCCAGGUCCGUCUCCGGUCCUCCUUAUUUGUGCCUGCAGAGUUUUUCCGUCGCUGUUUUCUAUUUUACGGGUUAGGUUGGUUUCUAAAUCGCCCCUCGGCCUCGCAGUUGCUGGAAACCGGGGGAGGUCUUCCCCCCGCUCUUUUUCUCUCUGCCCCUUAUACUUUCCAUUGUUUUCUUCUGGUUCACAUGCUCGGUGACGAUCUGGGAAAGGGGUGUUUAAGUGUUGUUUUUUCCUGUUAUUGAUAAGGAUACUUUAAAUAAUAUGCAUCGCAAUCAGUGUCUUUUUCAAUAUGUGUAACAAGCUUCUUAUGCUUUCAAACUCUUCUUUUCAGUUUCAUAACUCGAAAAUAUGUUGCAUCCCGACCUCCUUUUUGAUCAAAAUGUCCUUUACUCUUCAUCUCUAUAAAGCUAUCAGUAAAGUUUCCUAAACCUUUUUUUUUGAGGUUUUUUUUUGUUAGCAUUGUAUAUAAUCCAAAAGUAUGUAAUCCGAUGAAAAGUAUAUUGGUGUAGAAUCGAAAACUAUCUCCUGUUGCUUCUGUUCUGUGCUCUCAGUGAAACGUGAUGAUUCUAGGUGAAUAGCGGCAUUUCCAAACCAAACGUUGUUACUCUCUUUUCUUUCAUCCUGAACUGUUGGAGUUUGUGCGACAGGAGAGGUUGUCAUUCAACAAGAGCCUUAUGCCUCCAAACCAAAGUUUUCUUCCAAUGGCUCAAGUUGUGAUGGAUGUUUUGCCUUGCAUAAUCUUAAAAGGUGUUCCGCAUGCCAGAUGGCAUGGUACUGUGGAAGCUCAUGCCAGGUAUUGGUUCCUGAAAUCUUAGUAGUCGUUUCUUUCUUUUUUCUCAUCACAUCGGCAUAAAUUCUGCUCACUGUAAUGCCUGCCCUAUCGUUCAAUGAAAGGGAAACACAAAUAUAUAGCUAAAUCAGAUGACUGAAGUUCCAUAGUUAGUUCUUCACGCUUCAGCUGCUGAUAUGCACAUACAAAAGUAGGUUGUCUCUCCUUCACGGGGGUUUCUGGCUUUAUAGAGCUCGACCAUUACCACUCAAUUGUAAUAUUCUGUGGAAUAAUCUUUCAAGUCAUCUGAUCACGUCAUGUAUACAUAACGCAUAAAAAAUCAUACUUGUGAAUGAUCUUAUUUGAAAUUAAUAAAACAUCGUGUUAUUUUAAGUCAAAAAUGGCAUCAGAAGCAUAAUCAUCUGCAUUUAUAUCACAUGCAAGCGUUAUAAAUCAUAGAAAUAAUAUUCACAUACUAGCAUUAUAAUCAUGUCACAUAUUACAUAUCACAGAUACUAAUACGCAUUGUAUAUCAUGUAAUAUCAUCAAAAUAUUUUCUUAUAAUUAAUAGGUCAAACCUCAGUUCUGUAAAGAAUGAUGCAUUUGGCAUUAUUUACAGUGACAAUGUAAACCCAAAUUUAACAUAACCUUAUCACAAUCUUAUUAUGUAUGACAACUCAUUCUAUCUACCUCAGUUGGGCAUCAUUUGAAAGCGGCGGCUGCAGCUUGUAGUCUGUUCAAUGUUUGCUCUCAUACUGAUGACCAUCAAACGUCUAGCAACUAUGUGUGUAAUGAUUUCCAUAAGAUUUUAGUAUGUUUACACGAAUUUUUCUUCCAAGCUAAUGAUAAGGAAUAUUUUUUAAAUGAUAAUACUUUAAGAACACAUCUUGGUGAGUACCCCAUAAUAUCCCUUAGGGUUUAGGCACACAGGUUAUGAUCUAUAUAACUUGUUGUAAUGGGAUGCGACCCACACUUGCACAUCAUGAUGGUAAGUGGGACCAGUCAAUUAUUCAAUGAAUAGCGCACAUAAGUUUAACGUUCAAGCCUCAUAAAAGCUUUGAAAAAAAUUCCGUAGGAGAUAUGAUGGUGAUUAGGAUGGAAGAUCAAUGAGCAACCUAACUACAAACUAGCUUCUUGCGUAACUCACUAGUCAAGCAAAUACUCGUUAAGCUUCUAUCACAUCUUCCGAUUUCUUGUUUAUCUAAAUUGUUUUUUAAUGGCUGCUCCAGUACUCUUCCAAACAAGAUGUACCUAGGUUUUCAUGGUGGCAUAAGAAUUCAUAAAAAAUAAAACAUACCGUUUGACUUAUAUUUCCCGUGAAAUCAUGAUUGGAGUGUUAAUGUAGAUCAUUCAUUUCUUCUAAUUGCUGCACCAUAAAUAUACCCUUUUCUCCACAGAAAUGUGUCUUGUAGCAGAGCAUGCCCCUGCUUCACGCGUGAUUAAUAGUCACAUUUUUCUUCUCCUUUUGACCAUGAUACUGUUUUGAUGGUUGCAUGGACGAUUCUCUGACUCCGUAGGUCAAUGUAUAUGCACCAGCGUCCAAUGCCUUAAUAUUCAAAUACUCUUACCUCGUCACUCUCCUUCACAGUUCUCUGUUAUUUGCUGUAUCCCAAAUAGAAGACAGUUCUGUCAAAGAAUUAGACUAUAUAAACGAUCUCACAUGCUUUUGAUUGCUUCUCUGGCGCUCACAAUUUUUUUUAUAUUUCAACUUCUUCUCUGGAUAAAUGGUAAGUCACUGGUGAUAGCCAGAAUAGCCGCUGUCUUUCUGCCAUGGAAUGUUAAGUAAUAACUACAGCGCAUGGAUUAAUUAAACGAAAUGGAGAUGAAAUGUUCGUUAUGUAGUGACUAUAGGAGCAGAAUAGAAGCUUUGGAAUAGAGCACAUAGAUGCUUAAUAUCAAAAUUCAACACCAGCUACAACUGCCUCUAGUUAGAGCACUUUAAACGUUAGGGAAGAUCGAGGAAGGCUUGAAUCUUGGUGUAAAAUUCGGAUAGAUGAGACUAGAGUAAAAAAUUGUAUUGCAUUAUCGCUUUCUUCAAUUGAUUAAAAUGCUUCGAAUGAGACAUAUUUUGUCCUCGUUUUAGAUAUUUCGAUAGUUGUUUAUAUGAUCAGGACUACUGAUUUAACUAGUGAUUCAUGGGCCUUUAUCUGUUUGAUGACAGAUGACUAGGGUUACGGACAUGCUAGCCUUGCAAUUUUUUGCAUUUUUUAAAUUGGCAGCCCUUCACAAUGUUGAUAAUUUCGUAUUACAUGUAUUCCUUCUUUUCCUUUUAAGAUUUAGGGUAAACUUCAUGGAUACUUCCCCCCCCCCCCUCAUUUAUCAUUUGCUACUUGAAACUAUGACUCUCCUCUUCGAAAAUACAGUUGGCUAUUAUUUUUCAUUUUUUUCGACAUAAUUCUGUAAUACAUUGGAUGAUAACUAUUAUCAGAAAUCAGAAUGGAAGUUACAUCAACUCGAGUGCAAAGCUCUUUCAAAACUUAACAACGAGAGAAGGAAGAUGUUGACGCCAUCAAUAUGUCUAAUGUUGAGACUGUUACUGAAGAGAAAACUCCAGAAAGAUAAGGUAGUUGAAUUUGUAUAUUUAUGGACCUUAAAUCCCGCUAUGUAUUCUUUCAGAAGUCUUUUAAGGGAGAUGUUUUUUCUUUUGUAAUCAGCGUCUUUCGUGAUGGUUUCUUUUACUGGGCUGUUUUCUCCUUGUGUUUCUGUCCGUUGCUUGUCAUGUUUUUCUGUGGAAGUUAUCUGGCAUUGUACUCCCCUUGACGUGAAACUUCGCUUAUUAUAUUAUGACUGGAUGCACAUCCCAUUUGCAAUCAGAAUUUUUUUCCUCUAGAUAGUAUUUGAGCUUGUAUUUCUUGGGCAUGGAUGUAGGUUUUUUUGGAAUGGAGAAUGCGAAAUUCUAUAAGGAAAAAUCGGUGGAUACUACCUCGUCACUCCGUAGAUAUAUUAGAUCCUAUUUCAUACAAAUAAUCAAUAAGUCAAGAAAAAUGGAGCUCCCGGAAACCUAGCUAAAAUAACUAAAGAGAAGCUCAUUAACAAAAUGUCAAAGUAGGAUUAGCAAAUCACUAAAUUCACUCCUGGUUUUCCACCAUUAGGAGGGUCAAAAGGACAAGUGGGUGUAAAAUUGUGAUGUCCAUGAAGAAGUGGGUGUUGUAUUUUCUGACAGGAGCAAGAUACAUGCAAGAAAGAUGAGUUCAUACGUGGUAUACUAUAAAUGUAGUACGUCUUUUAUCCUGAAACAUCUUUUUUUUUUAAAUGUUAUAUUUUCAAUUGUUAGGUAAUCCACAGCACAGCAACAGAUAGCUAUGACUUGGUGGAAGCACUGGUUUCUCGUAUCCAAACAUAUGCCAUUUUUUCCUCCAAUGCCUUUUGCAUUUCUCAUGAACUACAUCGUUAUUGUUUAAUUAAUUUGUUCGCACCAAGAUAUGUCUGAUCUUCAUGAGAAACAGCUAGUACUCUACGCCCAGAUUGCAAACCUCGUCAAUUUGGUACUUCCUGAAUUGGAGAUCAACAUAAAAGAGGUUACAGAAAUAUUUUCCAAGGUAUUCAAAUCAUAAUCUCUUAUAUUGUUUGUAUUCUAAAAAUGUAAUUUUUGUGCCUUUUUUAUCAUUUUAAUAUAUUUGUGGUAUCUACCUUAUUUCCUGAUGAAUUGCUGAUCUAUUGACAUUCUGAUCUGCAUCCGUAGCUAGCAUGCAAUGCUCACACCAUUUGUGAUAGUGAACUAAAGCCCCUGGGGACUGGACUAUAUCCUGUUAUAUCUAUUAUUAACCACAGGUUAUUGUUCUCUUCGUAUUCUUAUUAUUAUUUUUUCCAUUUUUGUUGGAAUUAUUAUUUUAUUAUUGAUGAAAAGAGCUCUAUUAUUGUCGGUACUAAAAAAUUGUACAUUGCAGUUGCCUGCCCAAUGCGGUUCUAGUAUUUGAAGGCAGGGUGGCAGUGGUCCGUGCUAUAGAGCCUAUAGUAAAAGGUACUGAGGUAAUUCAUUAGUUUAUAGUUCAUAUUGCCUGCAGCUGCGAAUUUUGAUUGGUGUUUCUAGCCACGUUUUCAACUGAUUAAUUUGAACGUUAUUCUCCAAUUCUAUUUUUCCUUCUGGUUUCAAGGUAUCAAUAAGCUACAUAGAUACUGCUGCAACGACUAGGAAACGCCAGAAGGACUUGAACGAACAAUACUUUUUUACAUGCGGAUGCACUGCGUGUGUGAAGGUGGUAGGCGAAAUGCCAAAUUAUCUACUUGUAGUUUAAACCAAUCUUUGCAACAGUUUUCUCUCUAGCUUUUCUGAUAUCUAUGGUCUGAUUCUGCUUUCCUAUGAAAAAGAACCAUGACGAGGACGUCAAAGCAAGUGCUGUCUUAGAAGGUUACUGUUGCAAGGAUAGGACAUGCGAUGGUUUCUUGCUUUAUGAUUCCGGUAUGACUCAAGCAGAGGCUUAAGCAAGGCUUUUGUGUGUUAUUCUCUGAUUUUUACAGCAAUUUAUAUUCUACUUAUUGUCUUGGAAGUCUUGUGGUGGUUUUUCUGUUCAGGAAACAGGGUUUUCAUUUGCCAGCUGUGUGGUCUUUCCAGAGAUAAUCAAGAAAUAAAGAAGCUUGAAAAAGAAACAAAAGUUCUCGUAGACAAGGCUUCCAGGUCUCUGUCAUCUAACAGUAUCCUACAGAAAAUGAGGUCGACUUGUACACAUGUCAUUUUAUUUUUUUGUCGGUAAAAUGUAAUUCAAAAGUUCAGUUUCAGAGUGACACAUAAGGUGCAUGCUAUGUAUUUUUUUUUCAGUCUACUUUUUUCUACAUAAUAACCCAUCUAUAUCGCAUUUAUUCAAUCUCUUCUAUGCAAUACUCAGAAUUUUCAAUUGACGUAGUUUUCUUUGUGUAAAGAAACCACUUUCAAAUUUACGAAGGUGUUAAAAUGUCAAUCAAUCCUUUGGAUUCAUGAAUAUGAUCUGCAAUCUUGUUGAAACUCAAUUUCAGCUGAACUGAACGUUCGGUGCGACUUUUUUUUCGUUCUAAGAUGAUAGAACGAAAUUUAACUAUGAAUCAGAUUACUAUGAAGCAAAUACGUUCUUCACGAAAAUUGAGGAAUACCAAAUUGAGCUGUGCCACUCAUUUUCAAUUGAUUUGCUGAGAACUCGUGAAAGUCUUCUUAAGGUAAGUUCCCUUUAUUUCUGCGUUGAUAUCUUUUCCUCUGAAUUUCACAAUGGUUUAUUCAAAACAAAAAGAAAACACUCUCAUUGUUUGCGUUUUGAAGCUAACAAAGUUAUUUUUUUAAGAUUGAAGACAGCAGUUUGUGCUGUGUGAAAUAGCAUAUUUCAGAAGGGACAGAACAUUGUCAUAAACAGAACGUACUCUAUUAAAAUUAUUUAUUACGCUGUUCAAAAUGAUUACCAAAAAAAUAAAAAAAAUAUGAUAUACAUUUAAUUGUUUCCUAAAAAAAAAUCCCUUCUCUAUUCCCUCCCUCCAAGAUUGAUGCGAAGUAGGACCCGUAUGUAUUAUUGGACUUACAUGGGCUCAUGAAUUCGGGACAGUAACUCUAUCAUGUGGAUGUAUUGGGCUGCACUGCAGGAGUCAAAUGCUCGUUGACACGUAUGUAGUUUGUGUCAUAGUCUAAUGAGAACCAUAAAGCAUAUGGUUGUGUGGUAAUAGUUAGCUAUGCAAAUUUAUUUACUUUUCUUCUGUUGGCAAUAAUUCGUCACCCCGUCUUUGCAGAUACAUAUGGAGCUCAAAGACUGGAACAAGGCUUUAACCUAUUGCCGAUUAACAAUUUCUGUAUAUGAAAGUAGGUCGAUCUUCUCUUCACAUUCCAGUGUUUAUGCCAGUCAAGACUUAUUUCAUCCAACUGUAGUAUCUCUAUUCACAAAAAGUUCUACAGUUUUUCCUUGGGCUGGUGCUCUGGUCGUCUCAGCACAUUCUAGGACAAAGUAUCGAGACCAAAGCAACUUGCAUAAUAAAACAAAGGACAUUGCUGUCAGUUUAUCGGGGGAUCUGAUUGUCUUUGACAUAAAAUAAAGAGAAUACUUUUGAUUAAUGUUUCCGAGCGUGAUUUGUCAGCUCAGACUGACUUGUUGACCUGACACAGUUCUAGACCUACCAAGUCAUUAUCCAUAUGAUGGUCAGAUUAAUGUUUCUGAGCACACAGGAGUUGGCUUAGGGGAGAUUGUCCGAGUUCAUAGGAUAUCAAAACAACUCUUCUGAACCACUGUGCCAUUAAAUUUAAAUGCGUUAAAUUUCAAACCCUAAAGUAGUGGUAGGAAUUCUUUUUAUUUCUCUCGAAUAUCGAAAGAUUGCAUUGAUAUAUCUCUUUCUUGUACAUAUUUUUGGCCAAUUUUGAUAGCUUAAACGGGGUUGUAGAUUGAAUCUAAAUAAGUUAUGCAGUUUAAGUAUUAAAGUUUUUAGGGAAAAUCAUAGUUAGGAUUCAGGACUCCGUCUUUGCUGUGGAAUUAUUGGACACGAAUCCCUAUACAUUUGUAAACGUGGAUUUAUAGUUGGAGAAGACGUCCAAGAGACCUAUCUUCCUGAAGGGGAAUUUAUUCUGUUUCUGAAAUACUGUGCUGGAACCUGAAUCUUAUCUGAUAGACCAGGGUUCAAAAAUAUCAGAUGGUUCAGGGGUGACCAUCGAAGUCGUUGGAAACCUAAUUCUGUAUUUCUGUAGUUGACGCAAUGAAGAUUUGAAAAUGAUUUUUAAACGACUAACUUGCCAGAAAGGUGGGGCUUUUUUGUCAUUUUUUUGUAUCUAGAUGUAUUUCUUAAAGUAUAAUAGUUGUUCGGCUAUCAAGUUAAUGAAUAGUUUUGAUCUUGUCAUAAUCCUUUGCUAUUGAGUUAAUGAAUGAUUUACAUCACAACUAAGCUAGAAAUAUUUUCAUUUAGAAUGGUGACCUGAAGUACUUGCUAUAUAGUGAAAUUCUUGCAAGAAAAUAUUUGUAUCUUCUCAUGGAAAGAGAUAUAAUUAAGUUUCUUUAAUUGUCUUAUAAUGGUAUUUUAUUAUAUUGCUGUAGGGCUUUACCCAGCUAUUCAUCCUCUUUGUGGACUGCAGCAUUACACCUGUGGGAAGUUAGAAUGGUAGAGAUAUGAUUCGGUUAUCCCUUUUACCCUUUGAUAAUAUUUAAAUGACUUUUUUAUGCCAAGGAAUCCACUUACACCUAAUAUAUCAUCGUUUACAUUUUCUUCAUAAUCAGCAAAUAAUAUAUUUAUUUCAUGACUUAAAUUAGUGUUACGUAUUCUACUUGAUAACCGGUAAAUAUGUCCAUAUAUUAUUAUCAAGGCAAUAUAGUUUAGUGGGGGGCAAAAAUGUCUUUCUGCAUGAUUUCGAAACCAAUUAUAUUUAUAUCGGUGUGCUUGAAUCCAAAGUUACUUACAUGUUUACUUUCUAUCCUCAUCUCUUCUUCGAUUUCCAGGCUGCUUGAGCAUACUGAGACGGCUCUCAAAUCCUUUACAAAAUCUGUGGAUAUUCUUCGAAUUACUCACGGGAUGAACACAAUAUUCAUGAGGGAGCUGCUGAGCAACCUGCAAGAAGCACGCCGGGAAGCUGCUUACAGGCUCUCAGCGUGCGACUGA